GUUCCAAAAUCAAGUGCUUCCUGGAGGCAUGUAAACAUUUUCGGAAUCAUGCAUUGAUGAAGGUCAGCAUGCGCAAAUCACUUCAUAGAAGGCUAGCCAAGGUAGUGUGCUGCACCGGGAAGAGUAUGGCUAAAGCGGACAUCCUGAAUAAAGCCAUUAUCGGAGGGGACGAAGACGUGGUGCGCUCUCUCAUAUCCGAGGGCGCCGAUGUCGACCACCUUCUCGGAAUGCGAGGCACGGCUCUUUGUGCCGCUAUAGGCGCCAAGCAAUCCCCAAUCGCCUUGCUACUGAUCGAGAGCGGAAGUGGUGUAAAUGUGGAAGACUGGGACCGCGAGCCGCCUCUUCACCUGGCUAUCAGGAAGGGAUGUCUGGAUGUUGCCCGGACACUCAUCAACCAUCCCAGGUGUAACCUUGAUAAGGCAGACCCUCUCACAAAGACGCCAGCAUUCUGUUACGCCGCUGACAAGGGCGUGGCAGACGUGGUGAAGUGGAUGAUGGAGGCUGGCUGCAACACGUUGGUUAAGGAUGUCUACGACAACACCGCCCUUCACUUGGCAGUCAAGGGAGGACACCGAGAGGUUGUGAAACUCUUGGUUAAGGACGGAGUCAAUUGUCUCUUCAAUGACAUGGGAAUGGCUCCUGUACAUCUGGCAGCACAGGCAGGUGACGUUGGUGUGUUUUUGCUGUUACUAUCGGAGUGGAUAGACUCAGAUAUCGGAAACGUUGAUGAUUUCAUUUUUCCAUCUAAUGCAAGGCGACCGAUAAAAGAUUUUGUAAAUUUACCAAAGAAGUAUUCUAACAGUAGUGUUACACCGAUAGAAUACGCCGUAGUUGGUAGACAUGUUGACAUGGUAAAGUUCCUGCUCCGCUGUGGAGCUAAUCCCAAUCCAAACAAAAGGACGUUACAGUUUGCAAACAAUCUCCCGCCACUUCUGCGCGCCUGCACUUUCUACAUCGAUGGGCUACUGGACAUGGGCAUGAUUGAACAUUUAUUAAAUGGUGGCGCGGACACAGAAUUAGGAGGAAAGCUUAUGAUGGCGUCGUUCGGUAGCCGCCCUGUAACGCCGUUGCAAUAUGCAGCGAAACAAAACUCGGUCAAGCUUGCAGAUUUUCUUGUUCAGCAUGGAGCAGACGUCAAUAACGUCAGUCAAAGUGAAGCACCUCUGUUUGUAGCACUCACCAAUGGCUCGUUAGAUGUAGCCUGGUAUUUCAUGAAGGAGUGUAAAUCUCAGGACUUUCGUGUAUUAGAUACCAAAAACAGAAAUCUUUUACAUUCAUUAGCUUCCAUGAAAUCGGCCAAAGACAUAGAAGAACUUACAAGUUUCUUGUUAGAAAAUAGUUGUGAUGUUGAUAACUUAGAAUACCAAAAUACAGGUGAUAUUUGCACACCUCUCCACACCGCCAUAAUCGAACAAAACACUGUUCUUCUUGACGCCCUGAUAACACACGGCGCCAAUGUGAAUGCUAAGUCACGCGGUAUCGCGCCUCUACACCAAUGCGCUUUAAAUGGUGAUGUAGAUAUGGCCAAUAUGCUUCUGUUGUCAGGGUCAGACAUUGACCUCGUUUCGGACAGUGGACAAUCGGCUUUGGCCAUGGCUCUAGAGUGUGACAGCGAGGAACAUACGGCCGUCGCCAAUUUUUUCCUCGAACAUGGUUGCUUUGUACAUCCUGAUUUGACAGGUGACGUAGAUGACGAAGAGGCGUGUGAUUUAGACGAUUCUGAUUCAGAUUCGGAUGACGACGACGAAGUUAGAGGAAAGGCUUUGAAAAUAAGUGUUCAAACACACGUGAACGCACUUGCCUCGGUGCCUCGGACGCUUGUAGCGUUCUGUAUGCUCUCCAUCAGACAGCAUUUCAUUUCCAAAAGGCUCCGAUUCUGUACAAUCUCAGACUUACCGCUACCGUCGAGGUUAACUGAUAUACUUUCGUACAAAACCAAACAUUCCAUUUAGCAAAAUGUCGACAAACUAGUUGAGCACAAUGGAAUUAUUUAUUUAUGGCCAAGCCAUCAUAAAGGAAAACUUUACAAUACUAGUAACGAACAUUUUGCAUCCUUUUACCACUCUCCAAGACGUCCAAUGGAAAAUUAUAAUAAAAUAUUACAUUAACAAAAUAUUUUAUGUAUGACACGCUACAUAAAUCCCUGUUAUGAAUAUUUUUGUCCGUAAAUGUAAGUAGAGAAAUGGUAUCAGAAUCUUGAAUAUCGAUUAAAUAUUUUUUUUGAAUACCAAAUUUAGAGAAAUUGAGAACAAUUGAAUGUCUUAUGUUUUUACUUUAUAUUUAAAUACAACUGUUUUAUUUCUAUUUGUGUACACUGUAUAAUAAACAGUGGUUGGUGUGAAUUGGGGAAGAGAGACCCUCGAUCGAAAUCCUCACAUGAUUGAUUAGUGGCAAUCCCCCCGAGGGAUUAACAUAAAUGAAAAGUGAAACUGGGAAUUAAUGUAAUGGUUAAUGGAAAUCUCUCAAAGAGAUUGUACAAUAGCUUGAUCCGACAUUGGCACCGCCGAUUUACUUGAUGUGGUGACGAAACUUCAUAUGCACAAUUGUAUUUUUAUGCUGUUCUGUUGUUAUUACGAAUUGUUAUAGAAGUCAUAAUGUCUAUUUUUGUGUUGACCGAGUGUUUGUUCGACUUUUUAA